AUGGGUUUCUUUGCGCUCGAAGAAUGGGCCGCUGCCAACGACGACUACAAUAAUGCUCAAGCGCCUUACUGGCAUGUGAAGUCUGUGCCCGAUGGCUUCACAGCCAUCUCAGGCAUUCUAUGGUCUAUCUCAUACAUUUUGAUGACUCGUCAAGCGUUCAAGGAUCGUUCUUACGCCAUGCCCCUGCAUUGCCUUUGCUUGAACAUAACCUGGGAAGCAGUUUACGGGUUCGUCUAUGGCCCAGGUCCACUCAAUCAAAUUUUGUUCGCGCAAUGGAUGAUUGUCGACGUGAUCCUCGUCUACGCUAUUCUCAAAUCGGCCCCAAAUGCUUGGAAAAAUUCACCUCUAGUCGCGAAGCAUCUGGCGACCCUUAUUCUGGUUGGAUGUGUGAUCUGUAUGUGGCUACAUCUAGCCGUGGCAGCCACGUUUAUUCCGAAAAUCGGUCGGCAGGUUGUAUUCAUGACCGCAUGGCCCAUGCAGGUUCUCAUCAACUUCAGCUCGAUUGCGCAACUGCUUUCACGUGGAAAUACUUUAGGUCAUUCUUGGGGAAUUUGGUGGACUCGAAUGCUAGGAACUGUUGCAGCUGCAUGCUGCUUUUCCUGGCGCAUUUAUUUCUGGCCAGAGCGAUUUGGAUAUGCGUGGACACCAUAUGGACAGUUUUUGCUUCUGGGUAGUAUCGGGUCUGACCUGGUUUAUGCUGCGGUCUAUAUCUAUGUUCAAAGUUUCGAGAAGAACUUGAGUUCUCGGGUGAAAGUCACAGGGAACUUGAAGAAGGGUUAUUGA